AUGCUUGUCGCUAUUACGACGAACAAAAUGACAAGCGUAAGUGAAUGCUUCGAUGCUGACGAUGACAAUGCUCGUAUUUGUGGAUCAAUCACGCCUGAUACAGUUUUGUAUACACUCUUCCGGGAUAAUGCGGAAUCAACUUCAUGUCCUUUUGAACAAUCAUGGUAUUUUGACAAAAAUCGCCAACUAUCGACAUCGUGUCAACCAAAAGCAUUUCAACAUUGUUCUUCCUCGAAUACAUUCCAGUUAACGUACAACAGUCGAUGUGCAGCAAAUCAAAAUGUAAGAGCAACAUGCUUCGCUCAAUUCACUGAUGGAAACGUCAAUUAUGUCGUGGCUCGAAGUCUCGAUCGUCAACGAUUCGUCUGUUUUUCAUAUACGAAAACAAAACGUGAUGAACAACAUAUUGCGCCUAAUGAAGUUUAUCUAUCUGCUGAUGAUACAUGUCGAGAUCUACCAACAAGAGAGUCCGCUGUUGUGUUAAAUGUGCUUCCAAGUUCGUAUCAGCAUCAAUUAGAAUCGAAUAUUCAUUUACCCACAUGGGUUCACGGUCGCUGGUUAACUGUUGGAACAAAUGGUUUACAUGCCAAUGUAGUUUAUAUCAAUAAUAGUCAAUUGCUUGUAAAAAAGAAUAAUGAUCAAACGGUUGUUCAUGAUUUGAAAUUCACACGUUUAAUGACCAGUAAACGACCCAACGAGCAGAUCAUUCGCAUCAAAGCAAAAUCUAUGGAACAAUGUUCAUCUAUCUUUUAUUGUAUAAAAAUUGUCCAUCGCUCCUCAUUCGUCAUCGAUCUUUCAAUCGGUUUCGAUGAUCACGGAUGUAAAGACACUCAUUUGCAUCAGACAAUUUUCAAAUCUUCCACGAUCUCCAAUGUUUCCUGUCCACAAAUCGGUAUUUAUAAAUCUUCAAGUACUUAUCGACCGCUUAUCCCUGUUUCCACAUGUACAACGGGUGUUUGGAUCUUGUCAAUUGGAUGUGAAUCAACAAAUAAAAGUGAAUUAACCUUUUCGUCCACAUGUCGUCAUGAAACUGUACCUGAUGUUCAAAUCAUAACAUCAAUUAAAGGUGUAUGUUUGGCAUCAUGGCGUACAGACCAUCGGUUUCAACGUACGAUUAUUCUUUACGAACAAAACCGAGCUUUUUGUCUGAUUCAACCAUUGAAAAGUAUGACAGCAAGUUGGAUUAUAUCCGAUUCGAGCUGUACACAUUUCAGUGCAUCAUCAAUCAAUGUUGAGAAUAGUCUCAGAUAUUCGGAUACGUGUGAGCAAUACAAGAGAACUUAUCAAUAUUUAACAACAAAUCAUAGUUCAAUGUCGAGAAUAUCAUAUUUAUUGUUUUGUUUUUUAUUUGUUCUUUUUCUAUGCAAGUAUUAA